AUGUCGACGCCCUUAUCCUCUGCCCCGCGUGCUACCCCAGGCAUGAGCGUCCCCGCGACCCAGAACACCGCGCCCGUCAUCAAGUUUCGAUGUCUCUACACCCACGAUAUGCGCCGCAAAGCCAAACGCUGGCAAGAUGGCUACCUCAGAUAUCACACAUUUAACAAACGCAUCAUGGCCUACGAUUUUACGGGUAAUUUCAUUGGCGACCUACACUGGCGACAGGGGGACGCAAUCCAGGAUGGGGACGAGCUGGAACUGGAUAGAGGAGUGUUGAUUCAAGUCUGCGAGCCAAUGGAGAAGACGGAGACCGAUAUUUCCGGCCUCAUCAGCAAUAGGAAAAGCCAGGGAUCCCCAUCACGGCCGGAAGAACCGCCGACCCCGUCUUUGCGCACGUCCACUCCUUUACGAUCCUCGAUCGGCUCUCAGUCGUCUCGCUCCCUCAAUGAUCUGCUGGGGAUCAAGAAGACACCUAUCGGACGUUUCGUCUCUCCGUAUGAAGAAAGACAUCCGCCGGAGCAGAGUACAGAUUAUGCACAACCACCUGAAAGAGCUGUAAAGAGACAAAGGCUUGCACCGGAGAACGUACUGCGUGCGCAUGGUUCAAGUCGGGCCCAACCCGUAACUAUUGAUUUAUCGGAGGAGCCUCCUGCAGUCAAGCCAACAGCUGCAGCUGCUGAUACUGAAUCAGCAGCGCAACCCAAGAAGACGCCAAGCUCAGUGAGAGCUCCAGCCACAGUAUCGUCGGACAAAACACCGACUAGUAGAACUCAGCCCAUUCCAAAAAUCCAGAACCCCGUCAACGAUGCCCCUCCACCUGCGAAAAAGUCCUCGACAGUUCGUGUGGAUGCUCCAGUCAACACUCUUAGGUUGUCCACGGAGCGCCCGAGGAGAAAGUUGAUGUAUAGCGCCUUAUUACCUGGUCAAACAGCCGCAAAAGUAUCCCUGCCCUCCCCCUUGUCAGAGAAGACAAACGUGCCCGUGCGAGAGAAGCCGCAGGAGAUCAACCUGACAAGCCCCGAUCCUGUGCCAACGAACCCUGAUUUUAUACCCUCUGCUUCAACGCUUGCUGCGUUAGAUGAGAUGCCAAGUGAAUCCACACGUGGCCCGGACAGGACUGCGACAAACCAUGGCGCACAAGGUACUCUACCAAAGUCCGGUUCGACUGGCCUUCGCAAGUCAUACUCGGACCCCACUGCUUUAACCACCGCAAAUAGUGUCCGACCGCGAUCACUACCUUUUAAAAGCCCACUCAAUCGUUGUAUAGAGGAAGAUGAACCCCGUGAGCAAGGGCCCUGGACUUCUGAGGCACUAGACCUUUUCGACUUUUGGCCGCCUGGGCGACCGAAACCUACUUGA